UGUCCGGCCGCGCGCGCCCUCCCUCCGCCCCUCGGUCCCGCCGCCACACGCAGCGGGAACUCGGACCAGGCGCCUGUCCUUCUUCGCCGUCCCUCGCCGCGGCCGCGAUUCCCGAGCCCGCGGAGCCGGUGCUCACCAUGUCGGUCGCGCUCGGCAACAGGUUCCAAGGAGGGAAGGCGUUCGGUUUACUCAAAGCCCGGCAGGAGAGGAGGCUGGCGGAGAUCAACCGGGAGUUUCUCUGUGACCAGAAGUACAGUGAUGAAGAGAACCUGCCAGAGAAGCUUGCAGCCUUCAAAGAAAAGUACAUGGAGUUUGACCUGAACAAUGAAGGCGAGAUUGACCUGAUGUCUUUAAAGAGGAUGAUGGAGAAGCUUGGCGUCCCCAAGACCCACCUAGAGAUGAAGAAAAUGAUUUCAGAAGUGACAGGUGGGGUCAGCGACACCAUUUCCUACCGAGACUUUGUGAAUAUGAUGCUGGGGAAACGGUCUGCAGUCCUCAAGCUAGUCAUGAUGUUUGAAGGAAAAGCCAAUGAGAGCAGCCCCAAACCAGUAGGCCCCCCUCCAGAGAGAGACAUUGCUAGCCUGCCCUGAGGACCCCAUCUGGAGCCCAUUCCGACCCCGUCUGGCCUUCCCACCCCUGUUCCUCCCUGCGCCUCUUGACUCACUGUGAUCUGUCUUGUUUGUUUGGUGUCUGUUUGAGUUUUCAGCAAUAUCCUUGUAAAGCACACGUAUCUGCCUUAAGGGGGCUGUGGGCUGGAGAACCCUGAGCCUUGGGUCCCCUCCCUUUUUUCUUCCCUCUUUCUUGCUUCCCUGUGCAGAGGGGCUAAUAUCAAACCAAAAACUUGGAGGGGGCAGGGCCAGGGCAGGAGGCUGGUAGCCUGCGUUCUCCACACGUCUAUCUUCCAGAAGGUCCCUGAGCUAAGUUCAGACUCUGGCCCUGGUGAGGACCCCAGCCCACUUUCAGAAGACCCUGGGGGUAGGGAUAAGACUGCAGGGCCUUGUUAGGGUCUCCUCAGACACAUGGUGCCAGCACUCUGGGUUUGUCCGGGAGGUGGCCACUCAGUGUCCACUGCCUUGGCUGGUAGCCCCCAGGCCACACCUUUUCUCAUCCUUAGCACUGUGACCGAAAGUGGGAAGGAAAGAAGCUUGGCAAUUUGAGCCCUUCAAGAAGGUACCAGAAGGAACCCUUUGGUCUUGCUCCCUUUCCUCACUUUUAUGGGCAGCUAAGAGGGAAAAAAAAGGUGCAGCUCCAUGGUCCCUUGCUGGGGCAGCAAAGGGCUUUGGAGGUAGAGAUGAGGCAGAGGCCUUGGGGGGAAGGUUCAACUCAGUGCAGUCCUGGCUUGUAGGGAGGAUGCUCAGCACCAGGAUGGGAGAAUGAGGAGUAAAACAUACCUGCUCGAAGUCAGCACCACUGUUCAGCCAAGAGCUGAGAAAGAGGUUGUCCUUCUCAUCCCAGUCGGCUUGAUGUCUGACUACACUUCCCUCAUUUGCUUUCCUACCGUACUCACAGCAUUCAUCCACUCAUUGAACAGAUAUUUAUUGACCACCCAUCAUAAGCUUUAAGUCCCCCACACUGUCCUGAUAUGUGCUGUGUCUACUGUCUCUCUUCCAAAAUUGCUCAAAACCUUGAGCUUGGAAAUUAGAUUGGGGUCACCUAUGUCCUUUCUUAUGGACUCCAAGAUUUUAGAGCACUGAUUGCCCCUGUAGGUUAGCUGGGCCAAUCCUCUCACUUGACAGGUGAAGAAACUGCAGUAGUCCACAGGGAUUAAGUGCCUUGCCCAAGGAAGAGUCUGGACUGGAACCCAGGUGUUCAGGUGCCCUACCCACACCUCAUCUGAGCUGCCUGGUCAGGAACAAAAACACGGGUGGGUGGGAAGAAGCCUGGGCAAGGCUUCCCUCACUCUGCAGGGUCUGGGUGAAGACUACCCUGUUUAACUGAAAAUAAGACAGUGUCUUAUUUUAAGGUGGCUCCCAAAGAUGCGCUAGGUCUUAUUUUCAGGGGACGUCUUAUCUUUCCUGUAAGCAGGUCUUAUUUUCGGAGGAUGUCUUAUUUUUGGCGAAACAGGGUAGGUUGCCUCCUACAGUUGUGCCUCUCCUACAGCUUCAUGGUGGAGCCUCAGCUGCCUCUCAGAACACAUGCAGGAAGAUGUCAGACCUGGCCCCAUCUUUGUUGAGCAGGGAGUUCAGCCUGGCCCCUACUUGUGUUAACAUACUUGUUAAGCACCUGCCAUAGGCCAAGAGUUAAGAACCAGAAAUGAAAUUGACUCACGGAAUUUAAUUAUAGUAGGAAGGUCAGACCCAGACAAUGACAAAGAGGUGAAUGUUAGGAAUGGGAAGGGUAUGGGGUGACUGCCACAUCCCUACUAUCUUGGGGAGCAUAGCUGGGCCCCAGACAGGGUAAGAGUCUUAGAGGAACCUUUGCAAAACCUUAAGUGGAGAGGACUGGGGGCAGUUUGCACCAGUGUGGGUUCCUGUGGCUUCUCAGGGUUCCAGGAUGGAGAUGCUGCCUCUACACCAGCUUGAGGGAGAGAAGCAGGUAGGGCUGAGGAAAUGGCCAGGUUGGGUUAAUCCACUAGUUUCAACCAGUUCAGGAGCAAGAUUAUUUGGCUACAACUGGCUGAUCUUCAGUUUAAGGAUCUGUUUCAAAUGCACAGGCCUAGUUGAAGUUUAAACCCCAGCAGAACAUUCCUCCCUGUAAAUGUAAAAUCCUACUACCAACUCUUUCUCCUGAGAUCAAUAGAUUAGCAGCUGCCUGUCGCCACCCCUUCCCACUGUGUCCCCUCUUUGGGACAGGCUGAGACCUCUGAGGAAGCUAAAGCCUUUUUUCUUUUUUUUUUUUUUUUGAGACAGAGCCUCAAGCUGUUGUCCUGGGUAGAGUGCUGCUAUGGCAUCACAGCUCACGGCAACCUCCAACUCCUGGGCUCAAGCGAUUCUCCUGCCUCUGCCUCCCAAGUAGCUGGGAGUACAAGGCACCCACCACAACGCCUGGCUAUUUUUUUGGUUGCAGCCAUCAUUGGCGGGCCCGGGCUGGAUUUCAACCUCAGGUGUAUGUGGCUGGCACCUUAGCCGCUUAAGCCACAGGCGCCUGGCUGCUGAAGUCUUUCUUUUUUUUUUUUUUUUUUGGCCAGGGCUGGGUUUGAACCCGCCACCUCCGGCAUAUGAGACCAGCGUCCUACCCCUUUGAGCCACAGGCGCCGCCCAUCUAAAGCCUUUCUUGAUGACUUAGAUUCAAUGUCCCUAUUCUUUUUUUUUUUUGAGACACAGUCUCAUUAUGUCGCCCUCAGUAGAGGCUGUGGUGUCACAGCUCACACAGCAACUUCAUACUCUUGGGUUUAAGCGAUUCUCUUGCUCAGCCUCCCAAGUAGCUGGAACUACAGGCGCCCGCCCCAACGCCCAGCUAUUUUUUUUUGUUGUACUUCUCAUUGUUUGGCAGGCCCUAGGCUAGGUUCAAACCCACCAGCCCCGGUGUAUGUAGCUGGCGCCCUAGCCUCUGAGCUCCAGGUGCUGCCAAUGUCCCUGUUCUUUACUAAGAGUGGAAGGCAUACCCAAGCAGGCUUAUUUUAGUGGGUUUUAUGUUUACUACAGAAAGCCUAAGCCUCCUGGGACGAGAGCAAGGGGUGUGUGUCUCCAGUUUCUGGGAGGGCAGGACAGAGGAUUCUGUCACAGAUUAGGGGUGGUGUCCUGGUUAAUCCCACCAGUCCCUUUAUUGUUUCUUGGAACUCCUGGAAGGAGAGGGUCUCAAGAGUGGCCCCUGGAAAGGGGACAUCUGCAUGUAUUUCAGGUUAUUGCUUUUGGCUCCACGACCCUUACUUUCCCUGGCUAGGGAGUUAAUUUCUUGGGACUUCAACUGUCUUGUUUUUGAGAGACCAAAUCUAAUGUAACCAGUAAGGUGGGCCUGCCAAGUAUGGCUCUGUUCCUAUGACUCAAGAGUUUGUUGUGCAAAUUCAGGUGUAUGAGGUAUGUUUGUGUGUGUGUGCACAUGAGUGUGUAGGGGGUGGGUUAUCAUCUGUACAGAUCGGAAAUAAACUGAAUAAACUUA